AUGACAUUUUUGGGGGCUUCAACGUGUUUGAAUAUUGCAGAGGCCUCUCGGUCUAUUGACCUUCGCUUCUGUUUAGACGGCGCAUCCGUGGCUUAUCUUAGGAAUUCAAACGCCGAUAUCAUCAUAUCUGGUAGCCCUUACUAUCAAUUUGCGAAAGGAAGUGGAUUUGUAAAUAAUAACACAGGAUUUAAUCCUGUGAGAAGAACAGACACGACUUUCCUGGAUGACUACAGCUUGAUGGGUUCCUCUUCAGCUAUUUCAGAUAGCGUUUACAGUCCGUCAGCAGAUAGCAAAAAAACAAUUGUAGCCGUCUUUGGAGCCCCUGGAGUACCUCAAAGUGGAGACAAAAAUGGAUCCGGUUUUGUUAUGCUUAAUGUUAUUGAAAAAGCUUCAAGUCAACGUCUGAUCAUGAAGAGUCAGCUCCUUCAUGGUAGCCUCUUUGGCUCGCGUUUUGGCCACGCAGUGAAUUUCGUUGACUUAAAUGGUGAUGGGUGGGAUGAUCUGCUCGUUGGUGCACCUUUCGAGCGAGAUCAGGGAGAAAAUGGAAUUUUGCAUCAGGAUAUUGAAGGACGAGGAAUGCAUAGAAUUCCCUCUUUUGGAUGUGUUUAUGUUUAUUGGAACCAACAGCAACGUCUUCCAAGCACUGGUGCCUUUUCCGAUAGGAACGUCCAGGUCAUUCGGGCUCCCACUACUCUUUCCCCUUUAAGUGGCUUUGGCAGUGCCAUUACCGAUCUAGGCGAUAUCGAUCAUGACGGAAUAAAUGAUUUCGCUGUCGGUGCACCCUACGACGAAAGCGGCGGUGUUGUUGUCGUUUAUCACGGUUCCGCGUCCAAGCACAUUGGUCCGCCGACUCAGCUUAUCAAUGCAUCUGAGCUCCCUGGAUCGCUCCAAGGGCUCGGUUUUUCUCUUGGACUGGGUGGAUUGGAUUUGGACGACAAUGGCUACCCUGAUUUGGCUGUGGGAGCUCCCAACUCGGACAAAAUCGCCGUUUUUCGGACUCGGCCAGUGAUUAAAGGCGAGGCUCUCGUGGUUCUGGAGGAUGGGUCCACUCACUUCAAGGGGAUGCUGGACAGCCUGGAGGACUGCACCUGGGAUACACAGAUCAUGCCCGGAUACUGGGCGCCUAAAGUCCACUGCAUGAAUGUAAAAGUCAUCAUGACCUUCUACAAUGUUGACCCAAUUUCCUGCCAACAGCGUUCGAUCCCCGCUCAACUUCUUUUGACCAUUGACCCACCAGAAAAUUGGCUAACCGAAGAAUUCAAGAAAAACGCCUCGUCACAGACGCCGUUUCCAUUGGGUGGUGGUGGUGCGGUGGCGAGCUUCUUUGGCGAGAGGGUGCUGCAAGUAACCGAUCCUGAAGUGCGGCCCUUCUAUCAACUGGCGGGCGACAAUGUGCCUUUGGACCACGAUCAAUCACUACCCUUUCUCUUGCUACCCACACAGAGGGCUGUCUGCAGAAGCAAGUCGAUGCUGGGCCAGCCGCCGAGUCAGGACGAGCUCGCUUUAGCUACCACUGUUCGACUUGCAUUUCGAGUGAGUCAGAAUACCAAUUGUUUCCACGUCGCAAUCAGCACAGAGUGCUGUUCGAUAAUGUAUCCUUUGCGGAUAAGGUUGGUCUCUUGCGUUUUGAGAUGGUUUUAA